AUGACUAAUACUAGUCUAUGGAACCCUUCAAUCAGGCGCAAACUAACCCUACCUGAUUGUCCAAGGAGAUGCUCUUCUGUAGUAGAGAUCGGGUUUGGUUUUGACUCAAUAACCGAUGAUUACAAGAUUGUGAGUAUAUCCAACCCCGAAUAUGGAGGAAAUGCUGGAACCUCAUUUGUUUACUCCAUAAAGACAAGUUCUUGGUGUGAGAUUGCUUCCCCUACACCUUUUAUCGGUGAUAUGAUGACAUCAAAGGCAUGUUUUGUGAAUGGAACAUUGCAUUGGUUGUUCCAUGAUGCUCAGAAUGAAGAAUCUGACAGUUCUAGUGAUGACCCGGCUCUCGAAAGAAAUGAAGAAGAAACCAGCGAGGAUUUGCAACCCGUUACUGAGAAAAAAUGCAACUAUACACACCACCAGAAGCGAAAGAACUGGGUGGAACGUGAAGAGUUGGGUUUGGCUAUGGCAUAUGUCGAUGUUUCUAAAGAUAAACAAUGUGGAAAUCAACAAAGGUUCGAUGCAUUUUGGGAGAGGGUUCUAGAUCAUUUUAGUGUUCAAAUGGGAGGUUCGGAUUGGUCACGACACCAAUUAAACUCAAAAUGGAAAGACCUCCAAAAGAAAUGUAAUGCUUUCAAAGGCAUCUAUAACUGUAAGAUGAAUAGUAUGGCUAGUGGGAGAUCCGAAGCUGAUGCUUUACAAUCUUCACUAAGCGAGUAUCGGAGGACUAUUAACCAGAAAGCGAGUGAAGACUCCCCGCCUCCUUCUUCAAAACGAACCAAAACAUCUUCAUCCAAUGCUUACACAUCAUCAUCUGAUCCACAAUAUCCUCCUGGAUUCUCCCCCCAACAACAGUCGUUUAGUGUUGAAGACUUACCGCCUCAGAGAAAAAGAAAAUGA